CGUCGUCAGUGCGCCAAGAGUACGGUAUUAGACAGCUUCAUGCAGGGAUUGGCGGCUGAUUGCUUGGGAUGACCUUCCACGCAAUAUCUUUUUGUACGUUUGCAUAAAUAGCGCUGGCGGAUGGUUGAAUCUCUUUCUCUCUUCUCUUUCCUUAGUGCUCCUACGCAACACUGCCGCCGUUCCUUGCUGAGACCGAAUGGAAACCUAAGGACUACACUACAAGAUGAACAAUCUGCAUAUUCAGACCAAGUAUCGCAGGAUUAUCAGUAUUGGCAACGGCCUCAUCAUGCGAUGGUCCACCAAGGCUGAUACAGACAAUGUUAUCAAUCUCGUUGGCGAGGCUUUCAAGUGGAUGCGAAUGCCCUUGGGAGACCCUCUUCCAGAAGACAGCGUCCCAGGACCAAAUGAAUUCAUGAAAGCUGGCGCUAGACGACUUUUGAGCGGAAAGAAUGCGGCAAUGAGCGAGUACGACUAUGCAUUGGUCGAGGAUACAAGAUGCCCAGAGGAAAAGAAUCCGAUUAUCGCAUGCGUUAGCCUUCAUCGAUACGUGGCGUAUUAUGGAUCCGUCGAUAUUCACAUUGGCAAACCAGAGUUGAUCGCAACCAAUCCAUAUCGCAGCCAGGGGUUUGUUCGAAGACUACUUAUGGAGAUGGUCCAUCCCGAGUCAGAGGCUAGAGGAGAUGUUCUUCAGUUUAUUGGAGGCAUUGAGAACUUCUACCGACAAUUCGGGUACGAGUACGCUUUGUAUAUGACCCCUGCCGGCUUGAUUGAGAGUCCAGAUGUUGUCCCUGCGCUCGCCAAAGGCAAUGCUGAGCCAUAUAUUCUUCGUAUGGCGACUGAGGAGGAUCUGCCUUUCUUGAACCGUCUGGGUGUUCCUGGAAUGCUGCAUUUGAACGCUCAGGUAGGCAUCCAUUACACGCCCGAGUACUGGCGAUGGACGGUCCACGAUGCUUAUCAGGACAAGCGGAGUCGGUUCGAUACUGAUCGAGAUACGAGGAUCAUUGUCGAGGCCGCUUCGGGUAAAGCCGUAGGAUUUACAGUCGUUUCGCGUGUCUUCAUGGGUCCGCAGCUUGAACUAAUGGCGCUCGAGGACGAUGCUACCUAUCUUGAUGUCUACGAACCCGUUCUCCGUCAACUCUUUGUGCACGCGAAGGAGCGCCAGGACCUCGCGGACAGAGAGCGCGAGGCGUUCAUGAAAAAGAGCCAGCCGCCAAAGGAACCUGCAACUACAACGACCUUGCAGACCACUGCCACAACCGUGGAUGCCACAACCAACACGACCGCCUCCACAGAAAAGCCAGAAUCAACCCCAUUCCAGUUUUAUUUUGCACUUCAUGAGCGCCAUCCAGUGACAAUACUUCUCGGGACCAAAAUCAAGUACGAGCCCAAAAACGUACCCGGCUGGAGUUUCUAUACACGCAUCCCAAGCUAUCCAAUCUUCAUCAAGAAGGUUGCGCCUGAACUUGAGAAGCGUCUUGCCAAGUCUGCCCUCGCAGGUUUCACUGGUCGUCUUCGUCUCGAUUUUUUCCGUUAUGUCGAGGGAUGCAGCGGGAAGGGAUUGGAGAUCUUCUUCGAAAAGGGCAGGAUCACGGAUGCAACAGAGUGGGUAAAACCGUCGCCUGAGAAGCAAUUUGAGGAGAAGCUGGCAUGGAAGAAGGAGGGCAAGAAGCCUGUGAUCCAUUUCGCGACGUUUCCUCCUCUCACAUUCUCCUUGCUUUUGAUGGGCAAGCAGUCGCUGAAGAAUCUCGAGUGGGCCUAUGGCGAUGUCUCUUUGAAGGACGAUAGUACGCGCCUGCUGCUAAACAUUCUAUUCCCUAAGACGCACCACCACAUUGACGUGUAUUCCUGGUAGACAGACCGCAUAUGCAUACAUAGGCUCAAUACUUCUUUACAGUCUUCCUUGCGAGGCAAUCGCACAAUGUAUCCAGGAGAAGUUGUACGACCAA